UCCAUCCGGAAGUAAAUUGUGGCGCACCGUUUACGGAAGGCGUUCGUUUUUUUCAGCAGAGAAGAAUCUCUGAGUAAAACAAACGUUAAUUCAGAUCACAGUGCGAAGGAGAUAAUGUCCGAGUCCGGACAUAGUCAGCCUGGUAUUUACGGACAGGGACGGAGAAGAAGGCGACGCCGUGACAGAGAGGCUGGACCCCCAGGACAGAAUUUAUCUGGUCCAGGUAGAGAGCGGGAGUAUGUCCCCAGGGAGCGAAGGGAUGGUAGUGUGGAGCCACCUGGUCCUCUUCUGCAAAAGACUCCUAUUAUCCUAGCAAAACCUCCAGGGGAGAGGGUAAAGUGGGCAAUCUCUAACCAUGCACUUGCUUUCAGUGAUUGUGAAAAGACUAAGCCGACGCCAACUGCCCCCGGCGGCCCUCCAUCUUUAGAGAAGCCUAUCAUGCUGAUUAAGACACGGGAUGAUGGAGGAAAACCGGGAACAUCCCCUGAUUUGGUCCCCUCAGCUCCUGGCCUAGGAGCCGUUAAAUUGGAGAGAGAGGGACAGAGACCCACCCAGCCUGUAUACCAAAUCCAGAAUCGAGGCAUGGGACCAGCUGCUUCCAGUAGUGUAGUAGACCCUGUGAUUGGUCAAACCAAGCUUCUGCCGCCAGAGAAAAUGAAGCACAGUAUUAAGCUUGUGGAUGAUCAGAUGAACUGGUGUGACAGUGCUAUGGAGUAUCUGCGGGACCAGACAGACAUGCUGGUGGUGGGUGUUAUCGGGCUCCAGGGAACCGGCAAAUCCACAGUCAUGUCGCUGCUCUCUGCCAACUUACCUGAAGAUGAUCCAAGGGCAUAUGUAUUCAGGGCACAGAGUCAGGAGAUCAAAGAAAGGGGAGGCAACCAGAGCAGUGGGAUUGACUUCUACAUCACCCAGGAGAGCGUGAUCUUCCUGGACACACAGCCUAUUUUGAGUCCUUCUAUUUUGGAUCAUCUCAUUAACAACGACCGCAAGCUACCACCUGAGUACAACCUCCCUCACACUUAUGUGGAAAUGCAGUCUUUGCAGGUAGCUGCCUUCCUCUUCACUGUGUGCCAUGUUGUCAUUGUGGUUCAGGACUGGUUCACUGAUAUCAAUAUCUACAGGUUCCUCCAGACCGCUGAGAUGCUGAAGCCCUCCACCCCGUCCGCCAGUCAUGACAGUGCCGGCUCUGCAGGCUCCGACGAGGGCUCGGAGUACUACCCUCACAUUGUGUUCCUGCAGAACAAGGCCAGGAGGGAGGAAUUUUGUCCCAAGAACCUAAAGAAGAUGCACGCUGUGGUGGACAAGUUGAUGGCGCACUCUCACCUGAAGUAUAAAGGCACACUGUCCAUGCUGGACUGUAACAUCUUCCCUGGCCUGGGGCGGGACUACCUGGAGACAGAAGUCAACUUGUUCCUGUUGCCAGUGCUGGAAACUGAGGGAGAGGACGCUUUGACCAGAGCAGGCUCUGCAUCCGUCCCGCUGUUCUCCCUGCUCCCUGGGUACAGGGGACACCCCAGCUUCUCCUCCUUGUCCUCCAAGUUACGCAGCCAGGUCUUGGCCAUGUCCCGCUGCCAACUGUCUCACACCAUCCUCACUGAGAAGAACUGGUUCCACUAUGCUGCUCGGAUCUGGGAUGGAGUGAAAAAAUCAUCAGUGUUCUCUGAAUACAGCCGCCUUCUUUCCUAGCUGGGAAUUUCCACUGUGACCUGGCAUGUUGUCUUGAAAAAUUCAAGUUCCCGCCUGUGGUUGGAUUCACCGAUGGGGGUACUGGUCAAAGCACAGCCAGCAUCGGUGCAUGACCCGCGUAAGGCGUUGCUCGGUUGGUGCGUCAGGACGCCAUGGAAGUUAGGCACCGUGUGUAGGAAAUAUUUUAUAUGGCUUUGUGAAAAGUUCUAUGAAUACAGGACAAAAUUCACUUAGAAAGAAAGUUUGUUUGUACAUAAUUUCGUUGAAGCUUGGUACAAUUAGUCUAAAAGUGAGGAUUGAAUUGUGGUAGUCAUGAUUGGGAAAACAUCUUUUAAAAAAAUGCUACAAGUGCUAGUAUUCAUGGUGUAAGUCAGCUUGCUGAGCAGUGUUUAACUGACCAUCCAUUUUACUAUGUAAAUAAAAAGGAAAGGUUGUUUGUUUUUUUUAAUGUUUCCUUUGGGUCGGGCAGCAGACAGAACCAUGUAUCUUAGAUGAGAUGAUGAUGAUGAUCAGGCCGUUUAUGUGUCUUGCUUGUGCACAAGGACAACAUGGUCUCCAUGACCCCCCGCCCCCCCAACACACAUUUCCGAGUGGGUACAGGUUGUUUACUGGCUGUAACGUAUAUGCAACACACAUUGCAUUUGCACAUAGCAAAGAGCUCUCACUAAAGGAGCAUGCAGUGUUUAAUCAAAUUCAUACUAAGUGGGUAGCCCCCACCGAAAUUCAUAACAUCUUUUAUGAAAUACCUGGCCAUAAAGUCCCUUGCACUAUAAAAUGAACAAACACUUUGCUAUACACGGAAUGUGGAACUUAAAUUCAGCAUGGAAGCAUUAUGCUAAUUGUGGCUAAUGCCAGCUAAUGCUGGCUAUGGUCAGUCAUACUGAUUAUCUGAGUGUGGGAAUGACUGGAGCAAGGCAGAAACUGGGGUGGUUCAUACUUAUCUGUGGUAUUUAAGGAGCUUUUUGCAGGAAAUUCAGACCUGAUGGAAAAAAACUAAGGUAGUUAUAAUAAAAUAAAAAAAAAUUGUGCUUUCGCUGCGGUACUGAAACUACACAGAACUAUGAACCCGAAACAGAGCUUUGUAUCGAACCCUGAAUUUUGUGCACCGUUACACCCCUGUGUCCUAACUAACUUGUGUCAGAGGAAAUUGUGUCACAGCACAUGCUGAUGGAAGGAAUGUAUGAUCUCUACAGACAAAUUCAGGGGAGGGGGGUAGUCAGAAUGCUAUUCUAUACUAUAUAUCUAUAACUUUUACAGCCGUAGUAAAAGCUUUGAGGCAGAAGAAUAAGAUUUUGGAAUAAUUAUAAUUAUGAGGUUGCCUUCCUACCCCUGUAUUCUGAUUUAAACCAUUAAAAGAGGAAAAUCAUCCAGAUGAAUCAUAUUAACCCAUACAGAACCCCACACAUGUUAUCGGGAUCAGAUUGUGUAUAUAUAUUAUUACAUUUGCAUUUAGACAUGUUGAUACAAUUUUAGUUAAGUAAUAUUGAGCAUAUUGUGAAAAUUGCUACAUGUUUUCUGCCUGAGAUCCUCUGUAUCUGUGAAAUUUCCCAAGAUACCCAGCACAAAUUUGCCAUGAACUUUGCUACUACAUUUUCAGAGGCAUCUCAGCCUAAGAAUGAAUUUGUUAUGAAUGCUAAAAAUGAGUUCACUCUGACUUGAAAUAGACAAUUAAAAUCCAUCCGCAAUAUUUAUUUGCUAGAGACAACGGUCACUUCUUAACUCAAUACAUUGUGUGGUUACCUGGAUUGUUAUAGGGUUAAAAUAAAUACCAUAAAUAAAAUCAUUUAAUACACAA